UUGUAAUCUCGAGUAUGAUUCGUAUAUGAUGUUCGUUCCCAAUGGAUGAGCCGUUUGAAGAACUCUGCUCCGUUGAGGCGGAACCCAGUCGAGAACCGAAGCGUGCAAUGUGUAAAAAUUGUCUGAGACCACUGUCUUCCGCCUGUUGGUGCCCCUGGCUACCUCAAUCCCGUUUACCGAUCCAGACAAAUAUCUUGAUUCUUCAGCACCCUUAUGAGGAGCGUCGCAAGGUUCGAACUGCACGCAUUUUGGAACUGGCUUUAUCAGAACAACGUGUACGCCUGGUCCGAGGGCGUAAAUUCAACGAACAACGCUGCCCCGAAUUGAUGCCCAUCCUCACCAGCGACAACACAUUCGUCUUGUUCCCAUAUCGCGGCGCGAUCCCCGCCGAUCAGUGUUGCCCCCAGGCGGACGAUGUGCCAGGUUCUCGUUGGUUGGUGGUGCUGGACGGAACAUGGACACAGGCGCGACAUAUGCUUACCGGUUCACCCCUUUUGUUCGCACUCAAGCGGGUUUGCUUGCCGCCAAAUCCCACCACAGGUGACGUUAUACCCAGCGAGUUCAUUGUGCGGCGUCAACCAUUUUCCCACGCAGUAUGCACCGUAGAGGCUGUGGCGCGAAUACUGGAUCUCUGGGAGCCACGUGAUCCGGCCAGGUCGAACAAAUUUUACCAGACGCAGUUGUUGCGACCCCUCUAUCGUAUAUGUGAAGUUCAAACCGCUUGGAAAACGGACGAAAAGAAGGGGGAAAGCGAUGUAUUUUGUAACGGUGACUCGGCAGUGUGAAACGCUGUUUUUUC